CUUUGUUGACACCGGAUUACGUCGAAAUUCAAAUGGCAAUUCUAUGUCUAUGGCAUCUGUUCUGCCUGUAAAUUGGGAUGAUAUUGCGGAAGGCUUUGGCCCGCAUGCACCGUCUAGUGGUAAAGGCUCACAAGUCCUUCACACCAACCCACAAGCUCAGAGCCAGAAGAAGACUAAGAAAGCCCUUGGCCCCCCCACUUCACGCCACAGUCUGUCUUCUGCAAAACUGCCUCCACAAACUAGCAUUCAGGAAGGAUAUGGGAUGAAUCCGAUUUCAAGUGUUUCAAGUCGUACAGAAUCACGUGCUGGUCAUGUUGAGCCUCAAGUUCUUGAAAAUGUCCCCGUUGAAAGUGCGCCCGCAGAAAGUUCUUCUGGAACUGGAAGUACAUCAGACAACCAAACGUUCACAAGGAAAGUUCACAGAAUAAUCACCAAGAUGUUCAAGAAGUUGAAACAAAAGCUGGCACGUUCGACUCAAAAGUGCUUGCCUGAGAAAAAGAAGAUUUAACAUUUUCACGGCAUCUCUUAGCAUCUCAUGCAGUUUUGAGCAGUAAGUGUGCACAGUGAUCCACCACAGGGCCGUUUUCUACGUUCCGCGCUUUCUCUUUCUGAUGUAGGACUCUUUUGUAAAUGAAUUGACUCAUCUUGUAAAUUCUUAGUGGUUGCUCUGAUAACCUGCCCUAGAAUUAGGAUUUAACUGUUGGAAUGUAUAUAUAUAUGCAUGUUGGCAGUCUUAUUAUGUAUAUAUGCUUGUUUGACAAGUGUAAGUUUUGGGAAUUGAUCAAAUUACAGGGGAGAUUGCUGAAUUUUUGGUAGGACUCAAGCUUGAUAUUUUACUGAACUUUGAAGG